AUGAGCGGCUGGCGCUUACGGGCUGCUGGAAUACGAGGCCUCCAGAUAGCUCAGAUCCGGAAUUUGACAAAUGCGUCUGCGGGGGCAGACAUUGCCUCGAUCAGACCGACUCUACCGGGGAAGAGGAUAUAUUUCUACGCAUUGCCCCUCACGACGAAGAAGACAUUUUUGCAUUGUAAGUACAACGACGAGAUCUUUCCGGGCGGGAAGAAGAAUCUCGAGGAGAAGAUCAUUGCGAAGUUCACGCAGCUGUGGAACAACUUUGCCGGGUCCGAGGCGAGCUUCAACAGGAAGGUGGUGGCGCUCAUCAACCGGUUUCUGUCGAACAUCCCGUGGCUGGAGACGUGCUUGCUGUCGAUCCCCUCGCAACGGUUCAUCACGCGGAAGCUGAACGAGGACACGCAGUACGUGACCCACGACCAGAUCCUCGCGGAGAACAUCCAGAGCGACGCCUUGCAGAAGUUUGACUUCUACUACCCGGCCACGCUGACGAACCCCGAGCUCAUCAUCCAGAACUUUAAGCCCGAGUUCCAGAGCCAGCACGAGACGCACAAAAAGGGUAUCUUGAAAGACCUUUUGUUGUUGCCGCUCACAAUACCCUUUGCCAUCGUUCCGUUGAUCCCCAACAUCCCCGGCUUCUACCUCCUCUACCGCGUCUACUGCCACAUCAAGGUCAUUGCGUCGCUGAAGUAUCUGAUCAUCCUAUUGAAGGACGGCCACUUCAACUUCGACCGCGUGGACGACCUCGCCGAGAUCUACCUCAGCACCACGGACAACCAGGUGCGGGCGAACUUGAUGGAGGAACUGACGUACGUAAGCAACCACAGACCGUUCCAGGGCGAAGCGGCAGACACCGACGACGUGGCCGACAGACAGGAGAAGCUGCUACUCUCGGAAGACGUGGCACGCGAGCUCUGCAAGGCCUUUGGCGACGAGGAGAGUGCCCCAAAGUUGAUCUUUGCCAUCGAGCAGGAGCGCAGACACCUGAAGGAGCGGGCUGACGCCCUCCAGCAGCAGACGCAGCACGAGAAGAAACACUAG